AUGCUUCCAAGACAGUUACUACAGCAAGUUUCAACCUCCCGUCAUUUCCUUUUGAAUAAUAAUAAAACAAGAACAAUAAUAACAAGUUCAUCUCCUUUCUUAACCAAAUGUCUUCUCUUCUCUUCUUCUUCUUCUUCAGAAUCACAAAGCCCCAAGAGUACUUUCGUCGAACAUUUGGAGGACAAGGAUGGCGACCAAGCUCCCACUAGCACAGCCAUCUCCAUAGACCGUUCCGCCCUCUAUAAUCCACCUGAGCAUUCUCAUGAACCCAUGUUCGAGUCUGAGCUUGUCAAGCACCUUAACGGCAUCAUCAAGUUCCGAGGUGGCCCAAUCUCAGUGGCAGAGUAUAUGGAAGAAGUUUUGACGAAUCCUAAAUUUGGAUUCUACAUUAAUCGAGAUGUGUUUGGAGCAGAAGGUGAUUUCAUUACAUCUCCUGAAGUAAGCCAGAUGUUUGGUGAGAUUGUUGGUGUAUGGGCCUUGUGCCUUUGGGAACAAAUGGGACAGCCAAAAAAAGUGAACCUAGUGGAGCUGGGUCCAGGACGAGGAACUCUGAUGGCUGAUCUUCUACGGGGUGCGUCAAAAUUUAAGAGCUUCACAGAAUCGUUGCAUGUACACAUGGUAGAAUGUAGUCCAAAGUUACAGAAGCUUCAGCAUCACAACUUAAAAUGUUUGGAAGAAGAUGAUACCAGUGACGGUGUUGAGAAAAGGGCUAUCAGCACAUUGGCAGGAACACCUGUUUCGUGGCAUGCUUUGCUAGAGCAGGUUCCAUCAGGAUUGCCAACAAUUAUCAUUGCCCAUGAGUUUUAUGAUGCUUUACCUGUACAUCAGUUUCAGAGAGCUUCUCGUGGCUGGUGUGAAAAAAUGGUUGAUGUUUCAGAAGAUUCAACGUUUCGUUUUGUUCUAUCUCCACAGCCAACACCAGCAACUCUGUAUUUAAUGAAGCGCUGCAAGUGGGCCACACCUGAAGAAAUAGAGAAGCUAGGUCACAUUGAGGUUUGCCCCAAAGCAAUGGAUUUGACUCGUACUAUUGCCAACAGAAUAAGUUCUGAUGGAGGAGGGGCCCUUGUAAUUGAUUAUGGCUUAAAUGGAGUAGUCUCAGAUAGUCUGCAGGCAAUUAGGAAACAUAAGUUUGUCAACAUACUCGACAAUCCUGGGUCAGCUGAUCUCAGUACAUAUGUUGAUUUUGCUUCCAUCAGGCACUCUGCUGAGGAAGUGUCAGAAGAUAUCUCUGUCCAUGGACCAAUUACUCAGUCCCAAUUUCUUGGUGCUCUUGGAAUAAAUUUCCGAGUGGAAGCAUUGCUGCAGAACUGCACAGAUGAACAAGCUGAGUCCCUGAGGACAGGAUACUGGCGUCUGGUGGGUGAAGGUGAAGCCCCAUUUUGGGAGGGACCUGAUGAACAGGUGCCGAUUGGAAUGGGUACUCGGUAUCUGGCAAUGGCCAUCGUGAACAAGAAGCAAGGUGUUCCAGCUCCAUUUCAAUAA